UAAAUAGUAAUCGCCUUUUCUUCACCUUACCACUCAAGCUAACGUACCACAGAUUCCCUCAAUCCACGGCCACCGCCACCUCUACUUAAACUAACACUUGAGCGAUCGCUUCUUCACCAAUCGGAAAAAAUGGUUUCAAGUCACUUGCUUCUUGAAGAGCCUAUACGGAUGGCUUCAAUCCUCGAGCCAUCAAAGCCUAAUUUCUUUCCUGCGAUGACGAAGAUAGUAGGGACGCUCGGGCCGAAAUCGCGAUCCGUUGAAAUUAUUUCAAGAUGCCUUGAAGCUGGAAUGUCUGUGGCAAGGUUUGAUUUUUCGUGGGGUGAUGCUGAAUUUCACCAAGAGACUUUAGAGAAUUUGAAAGGGUGCAUCAAGAGCACAAAAAAGCUCUGUGCGGUUAUGCUGGACACUGUGGGUCCAGAGCUACAAGUUAUCAACAAAACUGAACAUCCUAUUUCACUUCAGGCGGAUUCCCUUGUUGUUCUAACUCCUGAUCUGGACAAAGAAGCCACUUCAAACUUGCUUCCCAUUAAUUUUGGUGGGUUAUCAAAGGCAGUAAAGCCGGGAGAUACUAUUUUCAUUGGUCAAUACUUGUUCUCAGGAAGUGAAACAACUUCUGUAUGGCUGGAGGUAACUGAGGUGAAAGAGGAGGAUGUGGUUUGUAUGAUUAAGAAUUCUGCCACCUUGGCUGUGUCAUUGUACACGCUACAUGUGUCUCAGAUUCGCAUUGAUCUUCCUACUCUCACUGAUAAAGAUAAGGAGGUUAUAAGCACUUGGGGAGUUCGGAACAACAUAGACUUCCUCUCACUUUCAUAUACACGACAUGCAGAGGAUGUUAGACAUGCUCGUGAGUUUCUUUCUAACUUGGGUGACCUCAGUCAAACCCAGAUUUUUGCGAAGAUCGAAAAUGUAGAGGGGUUGACCCAUUUUGAUGAGAUCCUCCAAGAAGCAGAUGGCAUCAUCCUCUCUCGUGGAAAUCUAGGGAUAGAUCUCCCCCCAGAGAAGGUAUUUUUAUUUCAAAAGGCAGCUGUUUACAAGUGCAAUAUGGCUGGGAAGCCUGCUGUGGUCACUCGUGUGGUAGACAGUAUGACUGAUAACUUGCGACCCACUCGUGCUGAGGCAACUGAUGUAGCCAAUGCUAUCUUGGAUGGCAGUGAUGCCGUUCUUUUAGGUGCAGAGACCCUCCGUGGAUUAUACCCUGUUGAUACCAUUUCAGUUGUUGGUAAAAUUUGUGCUGAGGUGAACUUUAUUCUAUUUUCAUCGUCCUUGCUAAUCAGCAUCACCAUUAAAUUUGUUACGUCUCCCUUGUCUCUCCCCCCAAACUAGAAAUGGAUAAUUCUG